AUGGGACACCACAACAUUCACUACUAUGGCGACCGCAACGCUUUGAAUGGGAUGUGGAGCCCUCCGACAAGCAAAGCGAACUUCUGCGAAGAAGACUACGCCAUAUCGGCCUAUCUAACUGAGUUUAUUAACUCCUUGACCAACCUCGCAUAUGUCUUCCUUGCCCUUCGCUACAUGUACGGUCCAGGCAGCCUCGGCCUCUUCGCGCCCAAGGUCGACUUUAUGGCUGUGUCACUGUUCAUGUUGGGUGUUGGAUCCUUUCUCUUCCACGCAUCUAUGCGCCAGAUAAUGCAAUUUGCCGAUGAAUUAGCAAUGCUGGGCUUAGCCUGGUCACUGCUUCUAGGCUCACUGAACGUUCAGCGCACGUCAGGGUACAAUAGGCUGGUCCGCGUCGGUCUAGCUGUCGUCUUCCCGCUCUUCUCUGCGUUCUAUAUCUGGACCGCAAAUAUCCUGUAUCACUACAUUGCGUUUGGAACCGUCCUGGCCCUGAUUACUCUCCGUGGCCACUACCUCUUCCAUUGGAGGGUUCCCGGCUUCCCAGCGCAGAAGUGCGCUGAGUGGCGGGUACGCAGCCGCAGGGCACUCAUUCUGCUUCUAGUAGGCUAUGGACUCUGGAAUGUGGAUCUCGAGUUCUGCACUGAGCUGCGGCUUUUGAGGGCAAAGAUGGGGUUGCCAUGGGCAUGGAUCCUGGAGCUACAUGGGUGGUGGCAUGUUCUGACCGCAAUCAGCGCGGACAUUACUAUGGCGAUUGUGCGGGAAGUGCAGGCAGAGUUGUCAAGUGAUGCAGAGGACAAAGCAGACAAUGAAGACAAGACAAAGUAA